UACCCUUUAUCUUUGAAAUCACAAUGUUACGCAGAAAAAGCGAUCGAACUGAAUUUAGUCUUGAAUAUGCUGGGAAAUAUUUAUCUCAAGUAUUAAUACUAAUGCAUCUUGGAGACAAUAAAAACAUUACCGAAAGUGUAAAAACGCUCUUGGGACGACACACCAAAAUUUUGGUGAAGUAUAUGGUUAAGUUGGAAACAAAAAGUGAUAAAACUGAAAAUAGAGUAUUGGUUUUUACCCCAGUUCGCGUCUAUUUGCUGACAGCAAAGGUACCUACGCGGAUUGAUUGUCAUUUUCAUUAUCUAGAUAUACAGUCGAUCGAGAGCAAAAGACCCACCCAUUUCUCAAUAACAACAAAUGACAAAACAUAUACAUUUUCAACUAUCGGAGACGCGGGAAACUUUAGUUCUAAUGCGGAUGUCAUUUUGACGGAUUUGUUGUCUGCUGUGAAACAGAUAUUUCCAACUGUGCCACUUAGAUACAUUAUUAGAAAGCUUGAAGUAAACCCAAUCGAGCGUGCGACAAUAUUUUCCGAUGAACUACGUCCAUCCGAUCCUCGUAAUGUUGGUCCGUGCGGUGGGUUUAGCAUGCAAUACGCUUGCAUGUGCGACUUUCAUACUGUACAGUAUCGAGAAGAGGUCGCUUGGGAUAUUGACACCAUAUAUUUAUCGCAUGACAAUCGCAUACUUAAUCUGCGAGAUUUUGAUCACCUUGAACAGAAGGAUCUUAUGGCAAUCGUUUCAGCUUUGGAAUAUAAUACAUUCUUCCGUGGACUAAAAAUUACCAACACGCGCCUAUCCACAGAAACUUUCGAAAGACUUCUGCACGUUUUGAAGCGCUCCAUGUGGUUGGAGGAAUUGCAUCUCGAGGCGCUUGGGUUGAGAUCCGACUUUAUUCAUAAGCUUGCUGUUGCUGUGAUAUCAAAUUCAAAUCCGGCUCUAUGCUCAAUCGAUCUAAGUCACAAUGUUAUAGAGGACAAAGGUGCAACCUAUUUUUCCGCCCUCGUGGGGCGUUUACAAAGAGGUGCUGGUCACUUAGCAGGUCCGAUUGCUAAAAUUUCCAAGGGCGUGUCCAGAUUAGCGCUCUCUCACUGUGGGUUAACAUCAAAGGGAGUGAAUCAAAUAACUCACUCCUUGUCGUUAAAUCAUAAUAUUUCCAAUUCACUGACGUAUCUCGACUUGAGUGGAAACAAUUUGAAAGAUGAUGUGAAUAAUUUAUACAACUUCCUAGCUCAACCAAACGCCAUCGAAUAUUUAGAUAUUUCCAGAACAGACACAACUUUAGAAAGUCUCUUUGGUGCUCUACUUCGAGGAUGUUCAACACAUCUUCUUCAUUUGAACGUGUCGCACAACUUAUUUGGUACGAAGAAAGGAAAAGAAAUUCCUCCCUCUUUUAAACAAUUUUUCACGAGCAGUCUAAGUUUGAAACAUUUGAACAUUGCCAAUUGCAAGCUGCCACUGGAGGCACUGAAACACCUGCUACUGGGACUCGCAUGCAACGAAUCGACAGCUGGUCUGUACUUGGACCUCAGUGGUAACUCACUUGGAUCGCAAGGUGCUCACGUGCUAGAGUCCUGUAUUCACGGUGUUCGUGUUCUAUCGAGCUUAGACAUAAGUGACAACAAUCUUGAUGCCGAGAUGGCUUCAGUGCUUACUGCCAUAGGAAAAAACCCUUCGAUUAGAGUAUUACACAUGAACAAGUGCUUUACCGGAAUGAAGUUGAAACAUAUCGCAACAGUAAUGGAUGCGUUGGUAAACUUGAUUCAGAAAGACGAUUUUCAGUUACAGGAGCUGGUUCUUUCGGAGAAUAAGCUGAAAAACGAUCUACAUAAUUUUAUAAAUGCUCUUGGUAGCAAUCAAAGCCUGCAAGUAUUAGAUAUUACCGGAAAUUUGAUGGGCGACAUUGGCGCAAGAUUGCUAGCAAAAGCGUUGCAAAUUAACAACCGUUUGAAAACGAUCUCUAUGGAUCGGAAUAACAUUACAUUGCAAGGAUACGCCGAUAUCGUGUACGCCUUAGAAAACAACUAUUCGAUGAGAAAUGUCCCCUUUCCUGUGUUUGACAUAGCCCCUUGCCUGAAGCAGCACCCGGAACGAACGGAUGCACUCAUGCGAAAAAUGCAGGAGCUUCUAUUCCGCAAUGGAUGUGGUCUGCGGAGAGGUAAUGGGCAGGGAUUUAGAUUACAACAUGGAUUUUUAUUAUCAUCAACACACCAAAUUUUGGAUAAACUUGUAGCAGAAACACAAGAAACUCUAUCUAUGCGGCAGAACUCUCUGGAAGGUAAUUUAUUAAGAUUACUGGAGGACGCCGAAAACUGCAAACAGCUUCUUCCAAAACUUCAAGAAUCGGUACGGUGUGAUCCUCAUCCCGUUGAGGUGCGAUUAGGAAAAAUGAAAACUGAACUCACAUCAGCAAUAAAAAAAUAUCUUGAGGAAACGAUGGAAACAAUGCUUCGAACAGGCAUUGAACAGUGUCCCAAAACCCUUGGAAACCAAACAGUGAUAGCAGAGCUUCGGAAAGGCUGUGAAGAAAGAUUGGUGAUAUCUGACGAGUUCUUGCAAAACUGUUUGGUAAAUAGCGCUGGCAGUGAAAUAAUAAACCGAAUUAGCGAAGUAGAGCAAUCAAUGGCUAGUUUAAUCUCUGACCGUGCAACAGAUGAGGUCUUGGAUGCAUUAACUCGCUACAAACGAGGGCUAGGAAUCGCCGACUCACCACACAGCUUUACCGAUGACCCACAAACACCGGAUGCUGCGAGAAGUCGAUCUAGUCAGGAAUCUGAUGGUGUAGUCCAUUUUGAAACCCGUGGGCUAGAUCUACCGAAAUUAGGCUUGGAUUCGCCGACUAAGCUGGAAUAUUUGAAUCUCGCAACACCACAACUACAAACUAAACGCCGUUCGGUUGCAAGAAAAGUUCGUCCCCAAUCGGUAGUCGGGCUUGGCAUAGAAAACCUGAGCCUUACCCACAUUCCAGACUUGAUGGAAACACCUUCGCCGGAACGACAUUUCAGUGUGAGCAAGGAAGAAUUAACGCCCGAGCAGCGCGAGGAUGAGUGUUGCGAUUCAAUUACUGAGCUUCCUAGUCAAUCUUUAACGCUCCAGCAUUUAGUAAAAAGUCGUCCGAAGCGCGCCAAAACUCGAGCACCCAAGAAACCUGUACUUACGACUGAGGUAACAGCACCGCUAGUCAGUGAUGGUAUAGAAGCUUUUUUCAGACCAGGCUCUGCAACUCCCUCAACCCUCACUCCGUUGGUUUCGCCGACAUCAGAGGAGUGUAGUUCAUUGUCGUUCGUCGACAGUCCCACUUUAAGUCGCGAUGAUGGUGGUAGAUUUAGUAAUGUGACUUCAGGCGAAACAACUCCUAUAUUGGAGGAAAGAAGACCAAUCAAGCUGGAGCGUGCAUCACCACUUAUGAAGAAUGUUAAUUGGACAUCACGAUCUCGGUCUACAGAUACUUUAGAGAAAGUUUCACCGUCAGUUAACAGAAAAUCUCCACUGGUCAAAAAUAGUAACGAAGCUGAAAAUGAUCGAAGCAACUCAGGCAAAACAUCUGAAAAUAAUGCAACUAAAGAAAAAUCUCCCAGCAUCGAAUCCGUUAAAAGUCAACAAUCCGAACUGCAUCGUGCAGGAAAUGGUAUCAUGAAAACACCGGUAAUUGCGCCAAAACCUCGACCAUGGUCGGUUCUUGGUCAUGAGUCAAAAAAUGAAUUUAGCGCAAACGAUUCGACGAAGACAACACCUGACGCAAUCGAUGAUGAUAUUGAUUUGGUCUUGAUAUCCGGUCAAACACCUGGUGGAUCAAUCGUCGGAAUUACGCCGGGUGCCAUUAGUGGUGGAAGCAUUGUCGGUAUCACUCGAGGUACUGCUUUGGAAAAGAAGUCAGUUAGAGAUAUGGCUGCCAGUCUGAAUAAACUAGGUGACCAGGAUAGGAGUUCAUUCGAAAAACCACCCGUCCCAGUGCCCCGGCUGAUACGCAAAGGUAGCAACGCUACAAAUAAACCCAAUGAAGACAUUUCCAGUUUAUGCGACAUUGACAGUGCAACUGUACCCAGUAGUACUGUUGAUUGUAGGAUAACAAGCAUGUCCAUACAACUGAAUCCGGACGAAGCAUAUCUGGAAACCGACGAAACCAAAGAUACCAUUAGUCCCGUGAGGCGUAUCGUGGCUGGUAAAAAAAUUACUGCAUUGUUUGAGGAGACGCUAGUUGAAGGCCUUCAGAAAUCAUCGAGGAAAACCAGUAUUCAUCGCGAGUCAAAUUACUUCAAAGACGAUUCAGUAGAUGUGUAGUACAGCGAUCAGGGUAUAGAGAUGCUCAAUCAGAUGGAGAUAGACCAUGGUUAUUGCUCGUAGCAAUCGAUAUUUCAAUAGUCGUACCAAGAUUUAUGUAGUUUUAUACCCAACUUGCGGGAUACUGCGCAAUACAUAAACAAUGUGUUACACUUUUUCAAACUCAAUUGAACAGACUGCCGUUAAGCAAGAAUUAGGGUGAUUUUAUACUAUUUGAUACUAGACCAUCAAUUACGAGAACCGCGAUAAGUCUGAAUAUAGCAUAUAUUUUAUGAAUUAUGUAUUAUUUCGGUGCGGUUAUAUGUGUAUUAAGAUGACCAAGUAUUAUUAGUUUGUUAUGUUUGUGUUUAAUUGUAAGUAUCUAUUUACUUACAAAAAAUAUCAUAUUUGCGAUUAUUAAUGAUUUUGUGCUGCCAUGAUUUUGUAACAUCGAUAAUCUAAAACACCGAGCGUAGCCAAAACAAAACUCGCGCGCAUUGAAAUUCAAAAUCAUUGAGUUCUUGUGCAUAGAUAAAUUCAUUGGCAUUUCACGCAUUCCUUCCUUUCAGCAAAAUGGUGCCAAAUGUAUGAAUCGUUUUUAUCUUUACUUUAAUUCUGAUUUCGGCGCAUUACAAAAAACGAAGAAAUGAAAACAAACUAGAAUAUAGUAUUGUGGUACCAUAUUGUUUUAAAAACAAUAGUGCAUUGCAAACAGUAAACAACGCAUUUUAUCCACUUUUAUACACGUUAGAAACAUAAGAAAAACAGCGGAAGUUACAGUACAUAAUAACACAGAGAACAGACAUAUAAGCUAGAACAAACUUUCCCGGAAAAACCUGUGUAAACAUUUAAAUGAAAAUACGUUGAAAAUCACCAUCGCAUUUAGGUUCGCAUGCGUGAGUCACUGUUAUAUCCAAGUUUGCAUACAAGUCCCGUAUAGCGCUUGCUGGCUGAUCGAAGCGCCGACCAGUGGCAAGUUGCUACUUGCUGUUGUCAUUUCAAAGCGACAGUUUAAUUUCUUACACAAGUUGAAAACUUUACUUGUAUGUCAGUUCUCAGUGAUAAUAAAGGAUACACACAAUAUACAAUCGAAUCAUAGUUCUGUACUUCACAGUUCAAAUUAAUGUACGGAGAAAUCAAGGCAUAUAGACGUGGUAUAUUUCUCACAUUUUGUCUAAGAUAUUAUAUAUAUAUUGAGGUGCUGACCUUUAUGUUGAACUAUUCGUUCCGAUACUUUCUCGUUAUAUGCAUUCCCAAAUAGUCAACGAAAACGGUAUUCACUGUGUAGCCAUUUCCAUUUGUUUGUAAUUUUUGUUUUGGUUUAGUAGGAAUUGACAGGGAGAUGAACAAUUGCCAAUAAACUUUGUAAAUUACUGCAAUAUAAUAUAUGAU